GGUUGUGGGGGGAAACAGCGCCCCCUUGUGCCUGCCUCUUCGCCACUCAUUUGGCCGCCGCGACUUGCCGUCGCCCGCGCAGAGACGUUCGCUAGUCGGCUGUGAUGGCGACUGGAACGCCAGAUUCCCAAGCGCGAUUCGGUCAGUCAGUGAAGGGGCUUCUCACCGAAAAGGUGAACACCUGUGGUACUGACGUGAUCGCCCUCACCAAACAGCUGCUAGGUCAGGCAGCUCGGAACAUGGUAUUACAGGAAGAUGCCAUCUUACACUCAGAAGAUAGUUUAAGGAAAAUGGCAAUAAUAACUACGCAUCUUCAAUACCAGCAAGAAGCUAUUCAGAAGAAUGUUGAGCAGUCCUCGGAUCUACAGGACCAGUUGAAUCAUCUGUUGAAAUAGAAUGGCUUAUUAGGAGCAAGAGCACUUCUUUGCUUGAUGCUGAGGAGGAAAUACCUUACAAACUCGUGCUGUGGGUUCGAUUUUCCAUCUUCUGCAAAGAUCAAGUUAGAAAAGAUUUGUGGUGAUGUGUAGUUUUUCCUGAAAAGAAGUCGUGUGGUUGAAUUUGGGAAGUAUGUAUGAGUUGGACACCCAUACACUUAUUGAAUUUUUAAGUUGUUUUUUAGUUUGAUAUUAAAGCAAAUUAAAAGAUGUCUUAGUUUUCCAGUAGAACUUUAAUAUGUCAAAAGCCAUAUCGUCUAAAUGUUAUUCUUAAGUAAAUAUUGACUAAUGUUUUAAAUUCUGAAACAGAACUUUCAUUAUGAACACAUAAGAAUGCUUAAUAUUCAUUGUAAAAACUUUUCCUUUGAUCAUGUUUAGGAAAUACUUUUGAUCAUAUAUUAAGGAAAUACUUUAACUUCAUGAUCACAAGGUGGUGAUAGGUAAUAUGUUUGUCUUCUUUCCUGAAAACUCAGAGGAAGAGAUAUUUUAUAUAUUGUGGUGAAUUCCUAAAUUUGCAAACUAAGCAAAUAGUAUCAUGUGUGCGCUGCAACCUUCUACUUUGACCUCCUAGUUUGUUAUUGAUUAAAAUGGCCUUGGGUUCAUUUCGUAAUUUUGCUAGUCAGAAAAUUCACUUGUAUGACAUUGUCAAAUGCCAAGGCAGUUGGAAUUACUAAGUGAUUGUAGUGUAGGGUUGUGAAGACCUUGUUUACAGACAUUUACCAACGUUCAUUGAGUUCACCUUGUUAAAUGGCAUUUCCAUUGUCUGUGGUUAGGUCCAUCUAACCACAGUUCUAGUUCAAUUUUUUUUUUUUUAAACAAGCAAUUUCUUUUUUUAAGAUUUACUUAUUUAUGCAUACAGAACUGGGG